AUGCCUUCACUGCUGGCGGUUGUGGCAUUACUGCCCCUCUCGCAGCUUGUGAGUAGCGAGCCUACGAUAUCAUUCCCUUUCAACGCGCAGCUACCGCUUGCUGCCCGUAUCGAUCAGUUCUUUUCCUAUUCUUUUGCGCAAUAUACUUUUCAGUCCGACUCGAAAAUUUCCUACUCACUUGGCGAUCAUCCCAGUUGGCUGUCUAUCGAGAGUGGAGGCAGGCGCUUAUACGGAACACCAAAAGAUGGAGAUGUUCCGGCGGGAGACGUCGUUGGCCAGACGGUAGACAUUAUUGCCACGGAUAACACGGGUUCGACGACUAUGAAUGCGACUGUGGUGGUUUCCAGGCAGCCGGCUCCCAAAGUUCAGAUACCUCUGGAAGAUCAAAUCAAGAAUUUUGGCAAAUUCUCCGCCCCUUCGUCUAUUUUGUCGUAUCCGUCGACAAACUUCAAGUUUUCCUUUGACAAGAAUACCUUUGGGAAGUCUGGGUUGAAUUACUACGCCGUUUCUGGAGACAGCAGUCCGCUGCCGGCAUGGGUCAAGUUUGACGCGCAGUCGUUGACCUUUAGUGGACGAACACCCCCCUUUGAGUCCUUGAUUCAGCCGCCGCAGACAUUUGAUCUCAGCUUGGUUGCUUCCGAUAUCGUUGGCUUCUCGGCCUCGUCGCUCAAGUUUUCCGUCGUGGUUGGAAGCCACAAGCUGACGACUGACCAGCCAAUUAUCACACUCAAUGCCACUCGAGGCACGGCAGUCAACUACAAUGGCUUGGAGAAUGGCAUCAAGCUUGACGGGAAGCAGAUCGCGCCGGGUGAUCUAACCGUGACCACCAAGAAUUUACCCACUUGGCUGUCCUACGAUGACAAGACGGGGAGGCUCCAAGGUACGCCUAAAGAUGGCGACCAUGCGGCCAAUUUCACAAUCACCUACAAGGAUAGCUUUUCCGACAAUUUGGACGUCUCGGUGGUGGUAAAUGUGGCCACUGGCCUCUUUGAGGCGACUUUUGAAGACAUGAAGGUCCGGCCAGGUGGUAAAUUCGACCUGGAUAUGACCAAGUACUUUAAAGACCCUAGCGACAUUACCGUCAAGGUAUCAACCAGCCCAGGCGAGGACUGGCUCAAAGUCAACGGCCUCAAGCUGUCGGGUGACGUGCCGAAGACAUCAAAGGGCGACUUCAAGUUGAUCAUUGACGCGGCGUCCAAGAGUUCCGACCUCAGUGAGAAGGAGGUUGUCAACGUGACUUUUCUUGCGCUUGAUGGAACAACGACCACUGUAACUUCCCCUUCCUCUACGACCACUACAACUGCCACGGCCACAAACACCGGGGAGGUCAUCCCUGACGACGACCAGACGCAACCAGGUCGUCUGAGCACAGGGGAGAUCCUCCUGGCUACUAUUAUCCCAGUGAUAUUUGUGGCAAUACUGCUGAUGGUGUUGGUAUGCUACUUCCGUCGUCGACGGGCUGGAAAGUCAUAUCUGGGGAGUAAAUAUCGUUCCAAAAUCUCACACCCCGUUCUCAGCACCCUACGAGUCAAUGGAUCCGAUCCCUCAAUGCGAGAGGCCGCUCGAAUGGGGGCAUUUGUGCACACAGAAACCCAAGUAUUCAAACCUGCCAAGGCAGCCUUUCCAGAUGGACAUUCGCCCAUAUCAUCUCAGAGGCGGAGCUCCGAAACCUUGGCUGGAUUGUCAGAGUCUGAGAUGCCCCAAAGCAUGAUGGUAGACGCUGCUCGAACAACAACCAUCCGCAGCGUCAGCAACGUCGCAAGCGAAGACGGAAGACAGUCCUGGGUUACCAUCGAAGGAGGCCACGGCGGUGUCGCCCCGAGCGACAGAUCAUCACGCAGUCAACAAUCCGACGUGACAUACCCAGAGUCAACGCGCCAAAUCUUCCCCGGCACCGACUACGCACCAAGACGGGAUCCAGGACUGGAAAUCACUCUCCCUACUCUAGACGAGCUACCCAGCCUACAGCCAACUCCCCUCCUAGCAUACAACCCACCCAGGACACCACUCUCCCAGCACAGCACCGGCAACCACUCAGCAAUAACAUCCAGCUCAGCCGCUCUGCCCGCCCAAGACGACCACUACACCACCGCCCCCAUGACAAUGACCAAGUGGCCCACCGGGUCUACAACCAAGGUCGACGCCUCGGAACCAAACUGGGUGACGCUCGCGGAAAGCGAAGCAGGAGAAAGCAUAUCCUCGCUGCGCAGACCCGACGCCGCGGCCGUCAGACCAUCCAGACCGUGGCACGAAGCCACUGACUCAGCAGACGGCGGCAAGAGUUUCACAACAGAUAUAUCCUUUGGAUCAUCCGAGAACUGGCGCCUAAUAGGUCGGCACAGCCCAACCAAGACGGAGCGCUCGUACAAAGAGCUCGUCGACGAGAUCCCCUUCCACCCCUCACGGCCGGGGACCGCCCGCGACGGCGCUCAACCCGGCGAGAGGGCACCACCCAGCCCGGAGCUGGUAUCCCCUAUUCAGUGGGACGAGGUGCCCUCGCCGCUGGCCUCGGGACGGCUGGGUCCGUCGGUGAGUAUAUUAUCCAAGAUGAGUGCCGACAGAACGCAAAUGUCUGGCGGGAGAGGCCACGACGACGACACGUGGAUGAGGGACCAUUCUGGCAAGAUGUCCGACGGAAGCUUCAAGGUGUUUUUAUAG